UCACGAAUUUUCGGUUUGGAACUUUUAGAUCAGAGUUUAGUUGGAAAAAUAAUGGCUGUGGUUACGCGAUGUUCGUAAUCUUUUUCGAAACCCCGAUUUAGUUCGUCCACGGCCCUCCGAUAGAUCAAAUUUCUGUGCUGCGGAGCUGUUUGCAGUUUGGUUCACACUUAAGUGAAGUCCUAAUACAGUCGGUAGCAUUUAGGCAUUUCAGUCUUUAUGACUUUUGAAUUUAAUCCGCAAUGACGACAGGACCGUUUGAUCCGAACGAAUUAGAAUUCCUGGCAGAAGAUCUACGAGUAACCAUCAUACCGCAGAAACGCCACGGUAUAAUUUCUCUGCUGUGCGCGGAUAUCGGUCCUUUUGAGCCGUCGAUUCCUAUCGAAGUUCCAUUGUGGGUCGCCGUGUAUUUUCGCAAACGUCGCGAGUGUCGCCUGGUAGUUCCCGAUUGGUUGUCCGUGGAUUUUCUUAUGCAGAAGAAAGAACAGGAGUAUAACUCCGGAGUGUUUACAGAAAUGCCCGAGUGUUAUGUGGAAUUAUCGCAGAUUGCAUUGGAGUACUUUGUGGACGAUGUGGCAAACAGUCUGGAGAUUCGUCGUCUGAUCAAAGAUAUUAUGGAUUUGCGUUUGGCCAAAAUACGCGCCUCUUUGGCCAAGCACAUCCAGGGCUCCAACGCGCACGCUCAGCUGUUCCAUUUGACGGAAAUGGAACUGAGUUCUAUGAGGAAUCUGCUGACCAGAGGAGUGGACCAACUGGAUAUGCUACGGAAUUCAGCUGCGGCUGGUGCGACCGCGGAUUUCAGUCCAGCUGGUCUUCCGGGGACGUUUGGCACGCCUGGACUGGCUGGCACGACAAUUACGCCCAUUACGAUGAGUGCAUCACGUACCGGAGCAAGUACAUCAAGUUUCCGAACUCCGGCGCAAAGAUGAAGAAAAGUUUUCAGAUUAACUUCGUUUUCGCCAGUCGGUGCGGUGUGAAUGUUGAUUGUGUAUUAACAAUAAAUUAAUAAUUAUCUGCUUUCUAGUACGAUUGCAGCUUUUCUAGAUCGAACUUUGUGUGGGCAAUUCAUUGACAGGUUGUUUCUUCUUUCAAGAAUUUAUUCUUUGAUCCACUCAGUAAAAUCAAGUUUCUGUACGUGCAUUUGAUUGAAACGUAAAAACACUCGGAACAAAG